AUGAGAAAGGCCAAAGUGAAGAAGGGCAAGAAGAGCACUGAUGAUGAGGAGCUGCCACUGCACAUCAAGAGGAGACAAAUUAAGGCAGGAGAGAAGGUGAAAAACAGGAGAACAAUCUUUGUCGGGAACCUGCCCGUGUCCUGCACUAAACAGAUGCUGAAGGCUUGCUUUAACGAGUUUGGCCAUAUUGAAUCCAUGAGGUUCCGCUCCAUGGCUCGGGCUGAUUCCUCCCUCUCCAAAAAAGUUGCAACUAUCCAACGGAAAAUACAUCCUAAAAGGAAAAACAUUAAUGCGUAUUUGCUUUUCAAAGACCAAGAAAGUGCAACUAAAGCUCUCGUAAGGAACGGUACAGAGAUCAGCAGCGGAUUCCACAUCAGAGUGGAUCUUGCCUCGAAGAGCUCUACGCACGACAACAAGAAAUCCGCCUUUGUAGGAAAUCUUCCAUACGAUGCUGAAGAAGAAGUUCUCAGGGAACACUUUUCUGAAUGUGGAACUGUAGAGGCCGUUCGUAUCAUCAGAGACCAGAAAACUGGGAUUGGGAAAAGGCUUUGGUUAUGUGUUAUUUCAGGGUACAGAUGCAGUGCAAUUGGCCCUGAAGCUGAAUAAUUCUGACCUGAUGGGGAGGAAAAUUCGAGUGAAGCGCUGCUUGCCCAGUGGAGCACAAAACACACAGAAGGAAAUGGCCUUCAAGCCAAAGCUGCAGUCACAGAAACCUGGAAAAUUAAAGAAGUCGUCCAGCUUUGUGGGAGAAACUGCUGAUGUGACAAAGAGCAAAAAAAAAGCCCAAAACUAAGAACAAAUUAAAGUGA